GAUUCCUCAGCCAUUUCUCUUCCCCUCCAUGCCGAUCUGGGAGCGGGUAGCGCUUUCGUGGUGCAACAAAAAUAUUUUUGUCGUGCUGUUUUCAUGAAGUGGUAGUUCAACAAGAUCCUUCAACAUGGCUCGAUACGGGCAACGUCCUGAAAAUGCCCUGAAAAGGGCAAAUGAGUUCAUCGAGGUGGGAAAGCCUGCUCGUGCUCUUGACACCUUGUAUGAAGUUUUUAAGAACAAAAAAUGGGCUUGCAACUGGAGCGAAACUGUGCUGGAGCCUAUCAUGUUCAAGUACUUGGACCUCUGUGUCGAGCUCAAAAAGAGCCAUAUUGCAAAGGAGGGUCUCUUCCAAUACAGGAAUAUGUUUCAAUCUGUGAAUGUGGGGUCACUUGAAAAUGUCAUACGAGGGUAUCUACGUACAGCUGAAGAAAGAACGGAGUCAGCCAGAGAACAAUCUCAACAGGCAGUUAUAGACGUAGAAGACCUUGAAAUGAUUGCCACUCCGGAAAGUAUUCUAUUGAGUGCUGUGAGUGGUGAAGAUGCCCAAGAUCGUUCUGACCGCACCAUUUUAACACCUUGGGUCAAAUUUCUCUGGGAAUCAUACUGCCAGUGUUUGGAGCUCUUGCGUACAAAUGCUCAUGUUGAAACUUUGUACCAUGAUAUUGCCCGCAUGGCAUUUAAUUUUUGUCUGAAGUACAACAGGAAGACAGAAUUCAGGAAGCUUUGUGACAAGCUGCGCAAGCACUUGGAAGACAUUUCCAAGCUUCCAGCACAAGUAUCCAAUGUAUCUAUUAGCAAGCCUGAGACUCAGCAGCUCAACCUUGAAACAAGGCUUGUCCAGCUUGAUUCGGCUAUUCACAUGGAACUCUGGCAGGAAGCUUACAAGGCCACUGAAGACAUCCAUGGACUUAUGAACAUGUCCAAAAAGUCACCUGUUCCUAAAACUAUGGCUAAUUAUUAUCAGAAAUUGGCUCUUGUUUUCUGGAAAGCCAACAAUUGCCUCUUCCAUGCUGCUGCACUCUUCAAGCUUUUCCAAUUAUCUAAGGAAAUGAAGAAGAAUAUUACCCCUGAGGAACUGCAAAGAAUGGCUUGUCGAGUGCUUCUUGCAACUCUGUCUAUUCCCUUACCAUCUGCUCAUCCUGAAUUUGACCGAUUCAUUGAGACUGACAAAAGCCCCCUAGAGAAAGCACAGCGACUUGCUACUUUGUUGGGUCUUCCGCAGCCUCCUACCCGUGCCUCCUUGCUGAAGGACAUUGUGAGAGUUAAUGUGGUUGGUCUAGCUGCUCCCCAACUUCAAGAUCUGUACAGCUGGUUGGAGGUAGAAUUCGACCCACUUAAUCUCUGUUCUCGCGUUCAAAGUGUUGUAGAGAGUCUGCAGGCUGAGGAAAAUUCUCAGCUAGUACAGUAUACUCCAGCUCUCCAAGAUGUCACUCUUGUGCGCUUGAUCCGUCAAGUGUCUCAGGUAUACCAGACUGUAAAGAUUGCUCGUCUCCUGGAGUUGGCUCGCUUCACUGACACUAUGCACUUGGAACGCCUCCUUGUUGACUGUGUUCGUCACAAUGAUAUGCAAAUCCGAAUUGACCAUGGAGCUGAGUGUAUUCACUUCGGUAUGGACUUGGCUGAAAGUCAGAGAGAGGAUCACCCUGAAGGUCCAACCCUUCAGAGUAUGCCCAGUGAGCAAGUCCGUAACCAGUUGAUAAAUAUGGCUUGUGUGCUCUCACGAUCCAUCAACUGUAUUAACCCCGCCAAAAAGAAGGUGGAACGUGAAGUCCUGCGCCACAAGAUGGUUGAGCGUUACCAUGCAACUAAGGUGGAGGAACAUGCUCAGAUCUUGAAACGCCACAAGAUUAUUGAAGACCGCAAGGAGUACCUUGAACGAAUUAACAUUCUUAGAGAAGAGGAAGCUGCUCGAAGACAAGAUGAGCUUGCCCGCAUGCAAAUGGCCCAGGAACAGAAGAGGCUAGCUAUGGAGCUGGAAGAGCGGGAAAGGAAACGCCAAGAGAAUGAAAUUCAGCAAAUCAAAGAUCGCCACCUUAAAGAGAAAAUGCAGCAAAUUUCUCAGACAGCUCAUGGACAGAAAAUUCUCAAGAAACUUGAUGAGGAUGCUCUUCAAAAUAUGGAUGCUGAACAAAUCACAGCUCGUGAAAUGGAAGAAUUGCAAAAGGAACGUAGGGAUAUGAUGCAAAAGUUGAAAUCCCAAGAAAAGAAAAUGGAUUACUUCAUUCGUGCCACUCGUAUUGAGGAAAUACCUUUACUCAACAAAUCAUUUGAGGAAAACCAGAUCAAGGAUCGCGCGUUCUGGGAGCAACAAGAGAAAGAACGCAUAGCAAAACUGGUGGAAGAGCGUGAACUCGCUGUGCAGAACCGCGAACGUCUCGCCCGGAUGUACGACGACAAGGAAGAGUUCCUGUCUCAACUGAUGAACGAGAGGAACUCUACCUAUGAGGAUAAAAUGGCUGCUUACAAUGUACUUCUCGAGGCCAAGCGUGCCGAGAGGUUGGCCGAUAGGAAAGCUAAGCGCAAGACUGAGCGCCGGGAGAAGUACCACCGCCAAAAGCGCGAAGAACAGGAGCGCAAGGAGCAGGAGGAAAGGGAAGAGAAGGAGAGGAAAGAGCGAGAGGAGCGGGAGGAGAAGGAGAGGAAGGAGCGCGAGGAACGGGAGGAGCGGGAGAGGAAGGAGCGGGAAGAGAGGGAAGAGGAGAACAAGAAGCGCCAGGAAGCCCUCGACCGCCAGGCCAAGAUCCAGCAAGAGCGUAUGGAGGAGAUCGAGAGGCGAUCAAGAGAGGCCGAGAAGGCUGCACCAUCGGCCACACCGGCUGCAUCGACUUGGCGUCGUGGAGGCGACAGAGACGGGGAUGACCGCAGACCAGAUGACAGGCGAGGCGACGACACUUGGCGCCGGGGAGACUCUGCCAAGGAGGGUGGCGCUGGAGGCGGUGCUGGAGGAGCCUGGAGACCGACCCGACUCAGGGAGGGUGGUGACUGGAGGACAAAGGAGGCCGCCGAGCGCGAAGCAGGAGCUCGCGACGCAGCGCCUCGCGAGGGUGGCGACCGUGAUCGCGAGGGAGGCGAGCGCGUCGAGCGCGGCGGCCGAGGCGGCUUCGACCGUGAUGGACCCCGCGGCUUCGACCGUGACCGCGAGGGUGGCCGUGGAGGUUUCGACCGCGACCGUGAUAGUGGUCGGGGAGGUUUCGACCGCGACCGUGAUGGUGGACGAGGUUUCGACCGCGAUCGCGAGGGUGGCCGUGGAGGCUAUGACCGUGAUGGUGGCCGCGGCUUCGACCGUGGAGGUGACCGCUUCGGCCGCGACCGGCCCGCUGCUGAUAUGGGCAGCUGGAGGCGCGGGCCCGCCCCCGGUGGCGAGGACGACGAUGACCGCCGUGGAGGACCUAGGAGGGACAUGAGGAGGGACGACCGCCGCGACGACCGGAGGGAUGACAGGCCCAGGGAGGCCGGCGCGUGGCGGAAGGAGGCCGCCGCUCCCGCUCCCGCCGAUGCCCCCAGCAAAGAGGAGUGAAGACUGGGAGCAAGGACAAAGAAGAAAAUCUCAGAUUGACUCUGAGAAUCAGCAUGGAUAUUGAAAUGAAAUUUACCAUCAGGGAUGCCGUACAUCACUGGUCGAUAUUGGAAUUGCAUGCUGUUUUUUGAGAAAAAUCUCUGGCUUCCUUGCUAUUGCUUUUUGUUGGUUUUCUGACUGAAGUUCUAGUUUUGAGAAUUGUGGUUGCCCUGUAUUGAUUUUCCUGUUGCAAUCAAUUGCUGUAUCAGAAGUGUGGAACCAAUUGAUUUCGGUUGCCCUAUUUUACCCAUGGUAAGCACUGCAUUGUGUACUCAUUCCAUUGGCAUGCACAUUUCCAUUCACUGAAAAAAUUAUACAUUGUAUUGCGAGCCUGUAAGGACUAACUGAGCAAUUUAUACCUCUGAUGCCCCAAUUGUACUGAUUGUUAAGUUGAUUCCUCUCCAUUUGAAAGCAUUUCUGCAUUUCAUCAACUCUGUCUAUCAAAACCUACUGUAUAGGACAUUUCACCAAUCCGUCACUUUCCUUAUUGCAUAAACAACUUGUCUGUGAGAGUAUCUUUAUCUUGUCUUAAGUAUGUAAUUUGCAACCUUAUCUUGUGACCUUAUUGGCAAUGUAUUUGUUAUGAUUCAUUACUUUAUGCUUCUAUUUCCUGUUGUAUUGUUCAUACAUUUCAGCCUCUUACAUUUAUUCUUUUGGACAGGAUGUAACCAAACACUACAAAGCACUAACUGCAAAGAUAUUUUUAAUAUGGGAUUUUUUUCUGAGAUAAUGUUUGGUGGUAAUUGAAGUGGAUUUAUAUAGUUGUAAUGAAGACCUUGCGCCUCUUGGAUUUGUAUUAAAUAAAUAAGUAGAGGUCUUGUAAACAAGA